UCAGGAACCAAACUAGAGGACAUGAAGAUCUGAAGUGUUGCUUCAGUUCUUCUGAUUGGUCCACAGUGAGAAGACAGAGCAGCUGGAAACUGGUCCUACUGAGAGCCGGGCUGGUUCUGGUGUCCUGAUGGACGGGUCCAGUUCUUCCUGCCAGUCUGAGGGAACCAGGAGCUCAAUGAUGACGUUGGAUCAACAUGUUGGACCUUCAUCCAGUCAAAGAAAAUGUCCUCAGAGCUGCUGCUGCUGUCUGUCCAACUCAUCUUGUCCUUUGUUGUCCUCUCAGUCCCACAGGUGGAGGUGGAUUCAGGGAAGAAGUCUGUCCAGCUGCCCUGCAGAGCCACAGUUACCCUGCCUGGAGAUGUUAGAGUGGAGUGGAGGGACAGAGGAGACAAUAAGGUCCAUGUGUAUGAGAACGGUUCUGAUCAUCCUGAAGAACAGGACCAGCUCUACAGAAACAGAACCAAGAUGAAUGAAGACCUGCUGAGAACUGGAGACCUCAGUCUGACUCUGGAAUACCUCACAGAUGGAGACACUAACAUCUACACCUGCAUCGUCUCCAGAGGGAACGGAGACAUCCUGAUGAAGAAACAAGUUGAUCUCUGGGUUGAAGUCCAUCAGGUGGAGGUGGAGGAGGGGGUGGAGCCUGUCCUGCUGCCAUUCAGAACAACACCUGAUCUGCCAGAAGAAGCUAGAGUGGUGUGGAUAGACAAAGAAUUCAGGAAGGUCCAUGUGUAUAAGAAGGGUGAGAACAGUCCUGAUCAUCCUGAAGAACAGGACCAGAUCUACAGGAACAGAACCAAGAUGAAUGAAGACCCGCUGAGAACUGGAGACCUCAGUCUGACUCUGAUGCGUCCCACAAAGAAAGACAGUGGAGAGUACUACUGUGUAGUCUUGAAGGACGGCAGAGUGAGAAAGAACACAGUUAAUCUCACAGUCAAAGGAAAAGUUCAGGACCAGAACCGACCAGAGGACAUCAGGAUCAGCUCCAUUGACCGUACUCCUCUGAUGGCUGAUGAAUCAGUCUGAUCUGUUUGUUCAUCAAUGUUUUGUUCUUGAUCCAAUCGGAUCUUGGUUCUGAGAGAAGAUCUCAGUGACGGUUCUGAUGGAUGAAGAAUAGAGGACUCUUCAUCAACUGCUGUCUCUGGGUCCAGUCUGCCGACUCUGCACUGAUCAGGAUUAAUGACUGAGAGCUUGAAGCUGGUUCUGGUAGCAGAAUCUGACCCAAACUGAGAGUAAAACAGUCAGGAGGAUGUUUCCAGUUAGAGACCAGAACCAGGGGUUCUGGUCUCUAAUUGGAAGUCCAUUCCUCAAGUGGACCUCAAGACAACUGGAGGUCUGAUGUGUUCAAGGUGAAGAGAAUGUAUGGGAAUUAUUAACGCUGUAGUCAGAACUGCAGCAGGUUUAACAUUAGAGCUCAAUCUGAACCAGAGCCCUGAUCCAGAACCCUGAGUCAGAACUCUGAUCCAUAACUCUGACCCAUUACCAUGAUCCAGAACCAGCCUCCAGCUCCUGAAGAACAGCUUCUCCAUCAUUAUUUCUCCUCAGUUCACAUCCAGACCCAGAAAAGGUUUAAAUGGUGGAAAGGUGAAACCUUUGGUGCCUUCAGGGUUUCUGUCAGAUCCAGUUUUUUUAAUUGGAUGAAUACACAUAACCCUGAGUAAAAUGUUACUUCAAUAUUUUGUUGAGAAUACUUCUGUUAUGCUAUAUUAUCGCCAUGAUUAUCAAAAUGGUUUGACUGAAUCAGAUUAAAUCUGACCAUUCAGCCACAAGGGAGAGAGAAAGAGAGCAAGGAAAGCUCUCCUCUCUCAGCAGGAGGUCAGCUGUGACCACUCCCCACAGAUAAAGUCACAGCAAACUUCUGAGACCCUCUUCUCUUCAGAUCCUCUUCAGACCUUCUCAGAGCCUCUCUCUAAGACCACCUCGUCCUGGAGCAGACCAGGAAACCACUUCAGGCAAUGGGCGCUCCACGGGCCUGAAAGAACACACAGGCCGCAUCUGGAGAGAACCUCUCGUUGCCCUGAGAACAUGUCCGGGCAAAUCAGAGUUAAGUUUGCUGUCUUAACCUCAUAAUCAGAUGCAGGAGGAAGGGUCCUGCAUGCCAAAAACAGCCUUGUUGUAUUUCUCCUCAGCCUGUACAAGGAAGCAAACCCCAGAUUCUGCUGAAAAGCCAGCAGCAGAACCCAUUUCGAAUGUGAGGAAAACCUGCUCGAUCGAGACUGCAACGGGGUCAGAGGCUGUCAGAAGGACUUACAGGCCUCCGUUCCCUCCACAAGCUGUUUGGUUAGCUCUUAGCUGCAGAGCUAAGCGCUAGCCCGCCAACAACAAACCAACAAUUCUCCCUGCUUUUACGUCCUUCCUGGAAUGGCCAAAGUGGACAGAACUGACACGAGGCAAGAUACAGGUUUGGACAGGGAGCUGUGGGAGAAGUUAAAAGGUUAAUUGGGAAAUGUCUUGUAAACCGUUGUACGCAUGGUUGCUUUAGAACAAAGGGCUAA